CUUAAAUGGUAUUCUAAUCUUAUCUUCACAGCCUGCAACCAUGCAACAUGAUUUGAUCGAGAGUUAUUUAUGUUGCAUGUGGCAAGAUCUUCUUGACCAAAUAAGCUACGUGUCAACCUUUAUCACCACGGUCUUCUUUAAAUUGAUCACUUUCACUUAUAUAGUCUUUCCUGAGAUACAGAAGGAGUGAGAGAGAGUGAGGAGCUAUGGAGAAAAGAGCAGAGAAGAAAAGAAUAGUGUUGGUUCCACUUCCAUUACAAGGGCAUAUCACUCCAAUGAUGCAACUUGGUCAAGCCCUUAACUCGAAAGGCUUCUCAAUAACAGUUUUUUUAGGAGAGUUCAAUCGAGUAAGCUCUUCGAAACACUUCCCUGGAUUUCAAUUUAUCACCAUACCAGAAAUCUUACCAGUGGCUGAAGUCGAGGCAAUCGGACCAGUCGAGUUUCUGAUAAAGCUAAACAAAACCAGUGAGGCAAACUUCAAGGACUGUGUAAGUCAGAUGCUGAUACAACAAGGUAAUGAUAUUGCAUGUAUCAUCUACGACGAUCUUAUGUACUUCUGUGGAGCUGCAGCUAAUGAGUUCAAGAUUCCAAGUAUCAUCUUCUGCACUACAAGUGCUACACAUAAAGUUUGCAACUAUGUUUUGAGUAAACUUAAUGCCGAGAAGUUCUUGAUCGACAUGGAAGAUCCUGACUUGCAAAACAAGGUAGUGGAAAACUUGCAUCCAGUAAGUUUCAAAGACCUACCAAUUGGAGGAUUUGAGCCACUAGAGAGAUUUUUGGUGCUCUGUAGGGAAAUAAUCACCAAAAGAUCAGCUUGUGGUGCUAUCAUCAACACGGUGAGCUGUUUAGAGAGCUCGUCUCUGACAUUGCUGCAACAAGAAUUUGGAAUUCCAGUGUAUCCAUUGGGUCCUCUUCAUAUUACUGCUAAAGAAACGUCUAGUUUACUGGAAGAAGACAGGAGCUGCAUUGAAUGGCUGAACAAGCAGAAACCAAGGUCAGUCAUAUACAUAAGCAUGGGAAGUAUAUUUGACAUAGAAACCAAAGAAGUUUUGGAAAUGGCUAAUGGAUUGUGUGAUAGCAACCAACCUUUCCUAUGGGUCAUCCGACCUGGUUCCAAGCCAUUGCCAGAGGAAGUCAGUAAAAUGGUCUCAGAAAAAGGAUUCAUUGUGAAAUGGGCACCGCAAAAUGCGCAUCCUGCAGUGGGAGGUUUCUGGAGCCACUGUGGAUGGAAUUCAACACUGGAGAGUAUUGCAGAAGGAGUUCCAAUGAUCUGUAGGCCUUUUAACGGUGAGCAGAAGUUAAACGCAUUGUAUAUAGAAAGUGUUUGGAGAAUAGGGAUUCUGCUUCAAGGUGAAGUGGAAAGAGGAGGUGUCGAGAGAGCUGUGAAAAGGUUGAUCAUGGAUGAGGAAGGUGCAAGCAUGAGGGAGAGAGCCCUUGUUCUAAAAGAGAAGUUCAAUUACUCUGUAAGAAGUGGAGGCUCCUCAUACAAUGCAUUGAAUGAGCUCGUCAACUACUUGGAGACCGAAGGAAAAGAUGCUAAAACUUCAGGUAGCAAUUACUAAAGCCAGAGUAAACCUGAACAUCAUGUAACACAAGAUUAAGCUUGAUCUUUUUUUUUUUUUUUAAAUUAUGCUUGAUCUUGCAAAAUUUAAUAUGGCUUAUCAUCCAAAUAAAUAACAAUUCAGAUGAAAUUCAAGUA